UCAGGGAGGACAAAAUGCUGCUCGCUCCGCCUGGUGGCCUGGCUUCUGAUUGCUGGCCUGACCAUCUUUGGCUACUGUCUCCUGAGUCUGGGGGGCCAGCAGGUGUGCGGUACGCUUCCUGUGGACAGUGUGCUUCCUAGGGCAAGUGUGGUUGCACAAGAUGCCGACGUCCUGCAGGUUGUAAAGUUACCGAGGGUGGUGUCCCCCCAGCCGAAGCUGCUGACACCCUCUCGGAGCGACGUCCUGGUCCUCACCCCUUGGCUGGCUCCCAUCGUCUGGGAAGGGACCUUCGACAUCAACGUCCUGAAAGCGCAGUUUCAGAACACCAUCAUAGGGCUGACUGUGUUCGCCAUCAAAAAGUACGUGGUCUUCCUGGAGCUCUUUCUGCGGACCGCAGAGCAGCACUUCAUGGUGGGACACAAGGUCAACUACUACAUCUUCACUGACCGGCCGGCCAAUGUCCCGAGUGUCCCCCUCCAGGAAGGCCGGCAGCUGGUGGUCCUCGAGGUCCGGAACUACACCCGCUGGCAGGACAUCUCCAUGCACCGUAUGGAGAUGAUCAGCAACUUCUCCGAGCGGCGCUUCCUCCACGAGGUGGACUACCUGGUGUGCGCCGACGUGGACAUGAAGUUCAGCGACCACGUGGGCGUGGAGAUCCUGUCCUCCCUGUUCGGCACCCUCCACCCAGGUUUCUAUUCCGCCCAGCGCCAGGCCUUCACCUACGAGCGCCGGCCCCAGUCCCAGGCCUACAUCCCCAGGGAUGAGGGGGACUUCUACUACAUGGGGGCCUUCUUCGGGGGCUCCGUGCUGGAGGUGCACAGACUCACCAAGGCCUGUCACCAGGCGAUGAUGGCGGACCAAGCAAAUCACAUUGAGGCCGUGUGGCAUGAUGAAAGCCACCUCAACAAGUACCUGCUGUACCACAAGCCCACCAAGGUGCUGUCCCCCGAGUACAUGUGGGACGAGCAGUUGCUGGGCCGGCCCCCCAUCAUGAAGAGGCUGCGGUAUGUGGCUGUGCCCAAAAACCACCAGGCCAUCCGGAACCGAUGA